AAGACGUCUUCUUCUCGACUCCGGAGCCAGCGCGCGAAGCGUGAACCUGGGGAAAAGCCUUGCUGCCUCACCGUCGAUAUCCUGGAUCGAUUUGUUGGAGGAAGACCGGACAUGAAAUGUAGGUCGUCAACUUCUCUAUACUCAUUACCACUCGCGCACUCCCCCGUCGACCAUCAUGCAGCGCGGCUCUUCCCAAUCACUUCACAGUGUGGGCGCAAUCAGCUCUGCGAGUCGUCUGAUGACUCAUGAGAGGCUGGGUGAUCCCGCGCACUAUCGCCCCUAAAUCCCUCAAGGUUAGCGCAGGGGCAAGACCUUGCGUGCUUCUUCAAGUAUGGAUCGCCGCGGAUGUUCAGAUACGGUUGCUUCCCUGCGUACUGGUCCCGCUACGCACCGCAGACACAAGUGAUCGCGAACUCUGACUCCAUUGAUGUCGCUAGCCACCAGAUAAUUCAUCUCACAGCAGGCGACAACCCGCAUUCCAGCAUCCAUGAAAUGACCACCGUCCUGCUCUUCCUCUCUGCGCCUCAGGCUGGUCGAGCAUCGCAGGCUGGUCGGGAUCUCACGCGUUCGCGCCUACCAAAUUAUAAGUUCCCAGGCUGCCUCACUGGGAAGGAUUUCUCCAUCACCUCGCGUCGUUUAGGUUCGAACGUCAAAUAUAUCGCGACCCUGUUCGCCUACCAGAAGAUAGAAUUAUUCCGACUUCGCGCAAGGCACAAGCAUUCAGUCUAAUCUUCCAAUCCACGAAUCUCGGAGGUUGCCCCCAAACCUCGUCGACGUGCUAUUGCAGCUGAUCACUCCUUGCAAAAAUUGCGGCCCCCCGGAUUUCCACCUCGUGAGACCACGGCCGUUAUCAGGAUCGCGCUCGUGUACAAUUCCGACGCCCGGAAUUCACGCAACACCACCGAUAUCUCUAUGAACGCAUUACGGUCGACGAUACGCGACGCACCCGCCGACCGGACGUUCCCUCAACUGCACCCCUACAACCGCGUGAACGUCUCUGCAAAUCGCCGGAUUUUACUUCGGCCCCCUAACCCGAUCUGCACACAAUCUGUGAAGCCGUCUGCUAUGGUUCCGAACUGAUUCUGUGCUGCUCCGAUAAUCGCUGCUGGCAUAUGUAUCGCAAUGACGUGAAGACGUCGCCCCGAGCAUGGAAGCAGAUGAGAAGCCUCCUACUGUUCAGUCUGCGGCAGAUCACGACGAAUGACUUACGCUAUCAGCUGCAGCGCUCGCGUAGGUGAACUUGCUGAACAUCGCUCAAGCAAACUCGCCAGCCGGAGGGCCUCGAUCAAGCACAAGCGAAGGCAAGCGAGGUCACCGACCGUCAAGUCGCCACGGCGUGCUACCCACAGCGCAGCCCCCCACGCUCCCCGUGUCCCCGUGUGCACGAAGAUAUGUAGAAUUCCUGGAAUUCCAAAGCUUCCUGGGCCUCGCCAGGCCCCGCGCGGAAGACGCCGGGGUGGGCGGAGCGCUGAUCGAUACACACUCGCCGCAGCGCGAGGCUCGAGUUCCC